AUGAAAAUCUUCUAUUUACAAUGGAUCCUAAUUUUGGGAUUUAUCAUUAUAUAUGCACAAGGUCAAAAUGCAAUUGAUGCUGAAGAGCAAUCGUUACCUACAGUCGGAUUGACAUCAACAACAGCUACUCCAACAACAGACUAUACAAGUCCUACACCACCACCUAAUCCUACGUGGAUAAUUGUCGGUAGUAUUGCUGGUGGUUUAGCAGCUAUUGGAUUACUUGUUAUUGUUACUGGUAUAUAUAUAUGUUACUCGAAAUCCCGUAAAAAUUUACGAAUACAAAAUAAACCUUCAAACGAUCCAAAUUCUAUGGAAUUACGUCGUGUAGCCUAUUAA